AUGGCUUCCCUAAAAGGAAGCAUGUCCGAUCAUGUUGAGUACACACCUGGGAAAGAUGAUGACAUUGAUCGAAUAGCUGGCCAGAUGCCGGCAUGUUUGGCCAAUCUGUCGUUGGAGGAGCGAGAUUGGAUGGAAAAGAAGCUUGUUCGCAAGAUUGAUACAAGACUUCUCAUUAUGAUGGUGGUUAUGUACAUCUUGAACUACCUAGAUCGCAACAAUAUUGCAUCUGCAAAGCUAGCAGGUCUUGAAAAGGAUCUCAAUCUGAAAGGCGAACAGUAUCAGACAUCGGUUAGCAUUCUGUUUGUUGGGUACCUUCUGAUGCAGGUACCUUCCAAUAUGAUUCUCAACAAGUUCGGAAAGCCAUCAGUAUAUCUUCCUGGCUGUAUGCUCGCAUGGGGCAUCGUUUCCAGUUGUACUGCAGCUACCAAGAGCUAUGGAGGGCUCCUGGCCUGUCGAUUUAUCCUCGGAUUCGUCGAAGCAGCCUACUUCCCCGGGUGUCUCUAUUUACUUUCAGCAUGGUAUACACGAAAGGAACUAGUAAAACGAACAGCAUUGCUUUAUUCUGGCUCGCUGAUCUCCGGUGCCUUCUCGGGACUGAUUGCUGCGGGAAUCACAAGUGGGUUGAGCGGUGCACGGGGAAUUUCAGCAUGGAGAUGGCUUUUCAUCAUUGAAGGAGCUAUUACAGUCUUCGUUGCCUUGAUUUCCAUAUUCAUCAUUCCAGAUCUUCCGCGCACAACCUCUUGGCUAACCGAGGAAGAGAAAGCCCUUGCCGCUUGGCGACAAACAGAAGAUAUUGGCGAGGAGGACUGGGUCGACAGCGAACAGCAAUCCAUGUUCUAUGGGGCAAAGCUUGCGUUCAAGGACUACAAAGUGUGGUUGCUUCUCGGAACGAUCUAUGGUUGUACUGCCUCAGGUGCCGUGACAACCUUUUUCCCAAUUGUAAUGUCCGGCCUAGGCAAAGACAGCACAACGACUUUGCUCCUCACAACUCCGCCAUACUUAAUUGGCACGAUUGUUGUUCUUAUUGCAGCAUGGCACGCUGAUAAAACCGGAGAACGAUACCUGCAUAUUGCACUCCCACCCAUCCUAGCUAUCGCUUGCUUCAUUCUAGCAGUGACGACCACAUCCUUUCCGCCACGAUAUGUUGCGAUGUGCAUCAUGAUUGGCGGGAUUUACUCAAGCUACGUUGUCCUUCUCGGGUACAUCUCCAACAUUCUCCCUCGUCCUGCAACCAAACGAGCCGCUGCAUUAGCAUUGAUCAAUUGCUUGAGCAAUGUUUGCCAAAUCUACACGCCAUAUCUAUAUCCGAACACCGCGGCUCCUCGAUAUACCACAGCCUUCUGCUACAACAUUGGAAUGUCGACUAUGACAAUCAUUUUCGCAACGAUACUCAGAAUUGUUCUCGGUCGCCUGAACAAGAAGUUGGACGAAGAAGAGGGAACCAACAUUGCGCGUUCUGCUUCACAGCAGGAAGAGAACGAAGAGCAUGGACUCCCCGCUCGAGCUAUUAGUCAAGGGUUUAGAUUCUUGCUUUGA